UGCAAGGCGAUGGAGAUCGUACGAUCCCAGAGGAAACCGGCUGAUGCCGCCGUUGUGCCGGCCCUCUCUCUCUACCGCUCCGCUCCGGCACUCGAGGUUCGGCUGGAAGAUUUCGAGCUCUACGCCAUAGAUCGCCUUCGUGUCCUGCAGGGGAUUUCGGAUGGCUUGUCCCGUGGGAAAAAGCCCGACGAGAUGGAGAAAUUGGUUAGUGAACUUUGGAGGGCACAUAUGAGGCUUCAAGAUCCAUCGGAGGAGAUGAACAAAGACAUUGUAUCACACUUUGUGCUUCGUCUCGUGUACUGUAGAACGGAGGAUUUGAGGAAAUGGUUUCUUUCCAUGGAGACUUCUCUUUUUCGUUACCGUUUCCGGCUUGAAAGCCCUGAAUCGCAGAGGUUGCUCAUGUCUGAGUUUCAGCUACCCUAUAAAGCAAUAAGUCAUGCAGAAUUUGAGACUGUGAAGGAUAAGUUAAAUCAAGUUGCACGUUCCACUGGUCCAUCCUCAAAUGCUGAAACCCUCUUCUUCAAGGUACCUUUUGAAGAAGUUCCAGAACUUGUUGCUGGUCGUAGGGUAUUCAUGCUUAAAGGUUUUGCUUAUGUUGCCAUGAAUCAGGUCGUGUCACUUGUUGCUACUCAAUUCCGGAGCAAUCUCUCCAAGGCCCUUGUCCUAACCAACAGAAAAUGGACCUCUACCAUCAGAGACAAAGAGAAGAACAGGUUGACUCCUAUUGUUGAAGCUCUCAGCACAGGUUACCUAGGGCCUGACUACUCUCAGCCAAAAGAAUUUUCUGAGAUAUCUUUGAAGGACAUUGACCAGUUAGCUAGCAGUUCUUUUCCUCUUUGUAUGCGCCAUUUGUUUGAUAAGUUAAGAGAAAAUCACCAUUUAAAACAUGGAGGAAGAAUGCAACUUGGCCUUUUCCUUAAGGCUGUAGGCUUAAAAUUGGAAGAUGCUCUUGCAUUCUGGAAAUCAGAGUUUUCUCAGAAGGUUGGUGCUGAGAGAUUUGACAAGGAAUAUUCAUACAGCAUACGCCACAACUAUGGAAAAGAAGGAAAAAGAACUGAUUAUACACCUUAUGCCUGUCACAAAAUUAUUUCUUCAACUCCUAGUGUUGGUGAUCACCAUGGUUGUCCUUACCGGCAUUUCAGCGAGGAAAACUUGAGGGCUGCUCUUGGUAAAAUGGGGGUUGGUGGACGUUCAUUAGAUGAUAUAUUGGAUAAAGUACGGAGCCGGCAUUAUCAGGUAGCUUGUACAUUGACCUUUGAGGCUGUCCAUGCUGCCUCAUGUGAUAGUGGGAUAAACCACCCCAAUCAGUACUUCGAAGCAAGCCAAAAGACUUUACAAACCACGAGGCAAGCCACGAGCUGACUUACCCAAAAUUUUUCAGUGAAAGGUUUUACUGCAAGAUUUUACACCUCCACUGGAUGCAGAGUAGGUCAAGACCAACUUACUUUCCCAUCACAUGGGUGGUGGCUCCCCCUUCCUACCAAUGUGUGAUGAUGAUCAGAACAAUAUGGAGAUUUAUGAAUCCGUGCUACAUUGAGCUUGUCAUUUCCGCUGUCCUACUAGACUGAUCUUGUGGUUUCAUGAUGAAAUAUAAGUUACUUCUCCAUGUUAAUAUGGCAGUUCUUGGUUUUGAAAUUUUAUGACAUGUUGGCCAUUUUGUUGUAA